UUGAAUUUUAGUCAAAAGUAUGGAUUUAAACGUUGUUAAACGCUACUAUUAUGUUAAUUGUUUAGACUUUAAUUAUUUAAUCAAUUAUUUAUUUUUUAAUUUUGUGUAAACACCUAAUGAAAUUACAUUAAGUAUAACUGAUAAAUUAUUAAAGUUUUAAUUAAAAAAAAUAUUUUUUGGUAAUUAUGGCAGACUCAAAGCCAUCAGUUGUAUUGAAUGUUGUGCCGACUAUUGAUCAAAUCAACGCUGAUCGCAUUACACAAUUGGCAUCUAAAUAUUGGGCUCCUAAUGUGCAACCUGAUCAGUAUUUGCCGUUUGAUAAGGAAAUAAUUGAAAACAUAUACAAUGAAGAAAUUUUAAAAUCAAAUUUUUCAGUGAGGCGUAUUAUGAUAUUGGAGUAUAGUCAAUAUUUAGAAAAUUUUUUAUGGCCUCACUAUAAAUCAAGCAAUUCAUCUUAUGCUCACAUAAUGUCCAUUGUUAUAAUGUUAAAUGAAAAGUUUCGUGAACGUGUUGCUCCUUGGGAGGCGUUAAAAAAAGCACCUAAUGAAUUUGAUGGAUUUAUCAAUCAAGUUUUACAUUUGUGUCUUUUAGAUAAUAACAGCAUCAAAGAGCAGAUAUCUCUUAUAGUUUUUUUAAAUCAUUGUUUUCAAUGUAUGGAAACUGAUUUAGUUAGAAAUAAAAUGAAAAAACUCGUUUCAAUUUCAAUUUGGUGUUGUUUACAAGAAAAACGAAGAUUAGUAGAGUUACGUCAAGUUUCUAAAUGGCAAAAACUAUGGAAUAAACUUCAAAAAAAAGAUAAAGAACUUUUAGUUGAGCAAAAAUCAAAUGCUGUUCUUGAAAGGACAUUUUUACAUAAAUUAUGCAUCAAAUUUAUUACUAUUUUAGAAAGUAUUUCAUCAAAUGAUGAAAUUUGCAUGGAUAGAUUAAAUUACUGUGAACGUUUUCUUGAAAUGUUGAUUGACUUGGAGACUUCUUUACCUACUAGAAGAUUUUUUCAUGUAGUAUUAGAUGAUAUUCAUUUAAUUGAACGCUGUUUUUUAGCUCCAUUAUGCAAUAGACUUGAAGGACACCUGUUCCAACAGUUGCUAGAUAUUUUAAAAUUUUAUUUCCACUUUGAAAUUUGCCAGUCAACUGGUGAUCCACUGACAGAAAAUGAAGUGAUGCUUACACAUUAUGAAAACGUAGCAUCAUUACAAACUACUGUAUUUGGAAAGUUUAUGAAAUUACAAGAUUUUUCACUCUCAAACAUUAGUGCUCUUGACAAAUAUGAUUCUCUUCUAAAACAUUUUAAAAAUUUAAGUAAUGAAGAGCUCCAGAUAAUUGCAAUGAAUUUAAAUUUAAUUCCUGAUCAAGAAAAAAGAAAAACUGAAAAUUGGUAUCGAUAUGAUUCAGAAUUUUUACUGGCAUUAUUAGUAUCAAGGCAUGAAGCUAGAGAAUCACAAUUAAAACUUUUAAACAGUAUGCCCUUGUAUCCAACUGAAGAUAUUAUAUGGAAUGAAGCUGUUGUGCCUACUGAAUAUUUUAAUGGAAACAACUGUUUAGCAUUACCUAAGUUAAACUUGCAGUUCUUAACUCUUCAUGAUUAUUUGCUACGUAACUUCCAAUUAUUUCGCUUGGAAUCUACAUAUGAAAUCAGACAAGAUAUUGAAGAUACUAUUACUCGUAUGAACCCUUGCAAAUCUGAAGACGGAAAUGUAUACUUCAGUGGUUAUUCAAAAAUGUCAUUACCUAUUGAUAAUUUUUUAAUUGUCGAAGUCGCAAAACCAAAUCUUGGUGAUUUACAACCAUCAAGAGUGAGAGCUGAUGUUUCAAUAACUUUAAAUGUUAAAAGAGAUGUGCAAGAAGAAUGGGAAAAUAUUCGCAAACAUGAUGUUUGUUUCUUAAUAACUGUAAAAGCAACUCAACCAAUUGGUUCAAGAAUUGAAUAUAGCAAACCUUUUCUUCAACAAACUGAAAUUGUUAGUGUAAGAGGAUGUGAAGUAGAAGGGAUGUUAGAUAAUAUGGGCCGUGUUAUUGAAGAAGGUCCUGAUCCUAAACCAGAGUUACCAGGUCAAAAACGAACCUAUAGAGUUUGGUUAGAUUGUAAUCAAUAUAGGAAAGAUCUUGAUGAUGUUGCUGAUGGAAAAACAGAUGUUUACGAAAGUUUUAAUGUCCUUAUGCGGAGAAAACCAAAAGAAAAUAAUUUUAAAGCUGUGUUAGAAACUAUUCGUCAUUUAAUGAAUACAGAAUGUGUAGUGCCAGAAUGGAUCCAUGAUAUAAUUUUAGGUUAUGGUGAUCCAUCUGCUGCACAUUAUAACAAAAUGCCAAAUAGAAUUAAAUCAAUGAACUUCAAUGAUACAUUUUUGGAUAUAGAUCAUUUAUUAUCAAGUUUCCCUUCUUGUGAAGUAAUUCCAUUUAAUGGCAGUGUAAAAAUUAAAGAAAUGUUGCCACCAUUUAGGAUACAUUUUCAAGAAAAUAAUGACUUAGAUGUUAAAAAAAAAGUUAUAGUACAGUCAAUAAAAACUGUUAAUAGGGGUCCUUAUCAAUUUAAUCUACCAAAAAAAAAUACAAUUCGUUUCACUCCUACUCAAAUUGAAGCAAUAUAUUCUGGAAUGCAGCCAGGGCUUACUGUAGUAGUUGGACCCCCAGGAACAGGAAAAACUGAUGUUGCUGUUCAAAUCAUUUCAAAUUUGUAUCAUAAUUGGAGGAAUGAACGAACAAUGAUUGUUACACAUUCAAAUCAAGCAUUAAAUCAAUUAUUUGAAAAAAUAAUGGCCUUAGAUAUUGACGAAAGACAUUUGUUACGUUUGGGUCAUGGUGAAGAAGCUCUAGAAACUGAUAAAGAUUUUAGUCGUUAUGGAAGAGUAAAUUAUGUUCUUGCAAAACGACUUCAACUUUUGGAUGAAGUACAACGUUUACAACACAUAAUGAAUGUAAAAGGAGAUAUGUCAUAUACAUGUGAAACUGCUAUGCACUUUUUCUGGUCACAUGUCUUACCUCAAUGGGAUACUUACCUUACUACUUUGAAAAAUCUUGAAGAAAAUACUGAUAAUGCAAUUGCUGUAACUGCAGUGCAAGACAUUUUCCCAUUUACAUUGUUUUUCAGUGAUGCUCCUCAACCAUUAUUUAAUUGUCGUAGUUUAGAAGAAGACAAAGAGAUAGCUAGAGGGUGUUUUAGGCAUAUUAAAAAAAUAUUCAAACAAUUAGAUGAAUUUAGAGCAUUUGAAUUACUUAGAACUGGCCUGGAUCGUUCAAGAUACUUACUAGUAAAAGAAGUGAAAAUAAUUGCAAUGACCUGUACCCAUGCUGCAUUGAAAAGAAAAGAACUUAUAGAACUUGGUUUUAAAUAUGAUAAUAUAUUAAUGGAAGAAUCUGCUCAAAUACUAGAAAUAGAAACAUUUAUACCUUUGCUACUUCAAAAUUCGGAUGAUGGAUUUAGUCGCUUAAAAAGAUGGAUAAUGAUUGGUGAUCAUCAUCAGUUACCUCCUGUUAUUAAAAAUAUGGCUUUCCAAAAAUAUUCCAAUAUGGAGCAAUCUUUGUUUACAAGAAUGGUAAACUUAGGUGUGCCUACUAUUGAUUUAGAUGCCCAAGGUCGAGCCCGUCCAAGUUUAAGUGAAUUAUACAAUUGGCGCUACAAUAAUUUAGGCAAUCUUGGUCAUGUUUUGUCAACUCCAGAAUAUCACAUAGCAAAUGCAGGUUUUUGCUAUGAAUAUCAGUUGAUUGAUGUAGGUUUGUUUAAUGGUGUGGGAGAAACAGAACCAAAUCCUCAUUUUAUUCAGAAUUUAGCAGAAGCUGAAUACUGUGUGUCUGUUUAUAUGUAUAUGAGACUUAUUGGAUAUCCUGCUGAUAAAAUCACUAUUUUAAGUACUUACAAUGGUCAAAAACAUUUGAUAAGAGAAAUUAUUAACAUGCGAUGUGGUUCUAAUCCUCUUAUUGGAUGGCCUCAUAAAGUAACUACAGUAGAUAAGUAUCAAGGUCAACAAAAUGAUUAUAUUCUGCUAUCAUUAGUUAGGACAAAAACUGUUGGUCAUUUAAGAGAUGUAAGGCGUCUUGUUGUUGCUAUGUCAAGAGCUAGACUAGGUCUCUAUAUAUUUGCCAAUGCUUCUCUUUUUGGUAACUGUUUUGAGCUAUCCCCAACAUUCAAUAUUUUAUCAAAACGGCCACUUAAGCUACAUUUAUUACCAUCUGAUUCUUACCCAACAAAUAGAUCAUUAGAAAAUAUUCAAUAUUCCCUUAAUGAUGUUUUUGUAGUUCAAGAUAUGCCAGAAAUGGCAAAAUAUGUAUUUGAUUUUUAUUUACAAAGAGUUCAGAUUUUGAAACAAAUUCACCUAGAAAAAUCUAAUGAAUGGAUUAAACCUGGUACUGUAGAAUUUGUAAACAAAAAUAAAAACAAGUCAUAUGUUAAAGAAGUAUCUAAAGCGCACUUGAAAGAUACUCAUGAGGAUAAAACAGAAACUAAUUCUAUGGAUGUUGAUGAGAUUAUAAAUGAAGACUAACUUUUUCUUGUUUAAGUACUAUAUUCUUGUAAAAUAAUUGUGUAAAUAAGAUAUUGAAUUAUAAACUUACUAAUUUUUAAU